GGCGGCUCCAUCAAUGCUUAUACUGCUUAAUAUAGGAUGAUAGAAGCUACUUGAGAGGAAUAUGAAAGGAUUUAGAGUUAGUCUUGAGUCAUAUAUAUGCCUUUAACCCUAUGAUGAUAUUCUUAGGAAGAAUUGGGAUCGUUUAUGGAACUCCUCAACCGUCGGAUGCUCGGCCCCAGCAAGAAAACACAAGCAUUGGUAUCAUCAACCACUCGCCCACGCUAUUGCUGCUACCUCUUCUGCCAAUGCUGGUAAAAGCAACUGUAAGACGAGCUGUCAGUAUGAUCCUCUGUUAUAAAGCUGGGUCCGAGUUCAGGCCAAGUGACUCACUAUUUGGAGGGGACAACGUCACUCUGAUGUCUUCGGACCCUGGUGCGGCUCAUCUAUUGUUCGAGUUGUACAAAGGUCCUCAGACAUCCUGGCAUGAUCCGAGAGCAGAAAGUAGUGCACUCUGAAAGAUCUGCUGAGGAGUCUAUCUGAUCACUGCUACUCUGUCAAAGAUCAAGCAAGCCCCUAGAUCCUAGUCGCAUUGCUAUACUACCGACGCUGCCAUGAUGGAGGGACGCAAUGACGAGAAGACACUGCUGCUUUCAAAAGAGGAACUUAUUGAGACUGCGAAGUCUGCCCUACAUGUGCUAGCAGACAUUGAAAGGCGCGCUGAAGCACAGGCGAUUUCAGAUGAGAAACGCAGCCGCAUGGGUCUUCUAGACCCAGCUGUCCUUGCAUCACGGGAACCACAAACGGAUGAUCCCUAUUGCAUGCCACGGUCGUCAACACAGAACUAGUGGCCAUGGGGUUACUCCGUGCAACAUGAAAUUCGAUGGCAUAAACAAUAUGGCGGGUACAAGCAUACACCCGAAUAACUCAAAGGCUGGCAGACAUCAGCAAAUACCGACAAAAGGCUCUGGCAUAUGCCCAAUUUUUAAAGUGAUACCCAUGUAUUCACCCCGGGUGAAUUCCUAAUUGCUGCAAAAUAGCUCACUAUAGCUAUAACCUUUGAUAUUUCAUUAAAUCCUGCAGGCAGUCACCAUAGCCGAGAUAUAACUAUGAUGAAAAGUGACAGAUAACAACAGUCCAGGAGGUUCUAACCAGCAAGUUUGGGGUUACUAUUCUAAAAGCAGAUGAAACGCGAACUGUGGUGCAUUGGGAGACAAUGGAACCAGAAUAAAAUGCUAUCAACAUUC